UACUCUUACAACCUUACUUUACCCAACAAAAGUAAGAGCCAUAGACGAUCGAGUGAGAAAGAAAUUGGAAGUAGCUUGAGGAUUAGAAGAAAGAUGGCUCUCAGAUUUGUUUCUUUAGUUCUCUUAUCUAAUCUUUUGCUCCUGACGUUUGACCAUGGCUACGGCGCAAGGAAGACGACUGAACACCAAUGGGAACAGAAACAUUCCACGGGUGAUGGUCUUGAUGAUCACCAGGUGACAACGCAUGACAAUCAUAUGGAGGGUUCCAAUAUUCUAGGAUUCAUCGCCAUAAAUGAUCUACGUGUUGGGAAAACAAUUAGCCUAGUUCAAACCGAAGAGGCCUCUUCUUUACCUCGCUUGUUGCCUAGAGAAGAGGCUGAUUCCAUUCCUUUCUCAAUGAAAGAAUUCCCAAAUCUCCUUCAACUCUUCUCAAUCUCUAAAGAUUCUCCCCAAGCCGAAGCAAUCAAGAGGACACUCGAAAGGUGUGAAUCUAAGCCCAUUAAAGGAGAGGCGAAGUUUUGUGCUACCUCGUUAGAGUCCAUGGUUGAUUCCUUGCGUGCCAUUUUUGGAUCACAAACCCCUUUCAAAGUUCUAACCACAUCCAGCUUCACAAAAUCAAACACCCUUCGACAGAAGUACACUUUCUUGCAAGUUAAAGAGGUGUCAAAUUCAACGACGGUGGUUUGUCAUCACAUGCCUUACCCUUAUGCGGUUUUUUACUGCCAUAGCCUUAAGGGUGGGACCAAGGUUUUCGAGAUUUCUCUAGGCGGUGAGCAUGGUGAUCAUCAAAGAGUCACAGCUUUUUUUAUGUGCCACAUGGACACAUCUGCCUGGGUUUCCGACGUCGCGGUUCUUGUUCUCGGCCUCAAGCACGGAUCUCCUGUGUGCCACUACGUCUUUCCACAAAAUCUUAUUUGGGUUCCGUACUAAUUUAUCUCAUCACGUGUCUAUUAAGGUCGAUAUACAUACGUUUUGGAAAAUGUUUAGAUAUUAUUAUUAGGAGUUUUUACUACAAAGCACAAAAUCAUGUAUUUCUUUAUGUUGUUGCUGGUGGCUGGUUAAUUUGUUAUCUGUUAGGAGUGUGAAGUAGUGUGUGAUUACUUAUUUCUAGUGUUAAUUAUUUCAAGAUAUGCUAUAAUGCAAUAAAAAUACUAUUUUUGACCCAUAAAAGUCUUAGGUGGCAAGAUGUUAUAGGCUUAUCAAUGGGUGAGGCCACAACAACUAUAGAUGGGGCUUAGCCUAUGAUCUCUUGCCACCUAACACUUUUAUGGGCUAAAAAUAAUCAUUUUAUUGCAUUAUAGCAUUUCUCUAAUUAUUCUCU